UUGUAGUUAGUCAACACUGCUAGGUGUCUCCUUAGAAUUUACAACUUGCUAUAAACCUGAGGCAAACUUGAUGAUGAAGACCCACAUUUGGUGGAACCUUGAGAAACACACUUAUCCAUGGUUUUUCUUUCUUCAUUUGCCUUUGUAUACUUAAACCCUAAUUAACUCUAGUUUCUUUCAUGCAUAAUUGAUUAGUAGUAGCAGUGAUAAGGAAGCUCCAUACUCUUCCCUCUCUUUUAAUUUGAUCUUAUUAUUUUGUGGUAACCCUCAAGUCAAGUGUUUUCUUCUCAAAGUGAAUCACAAAAAUUCAACCCAAAAUUGAACAAAGAGUUUUGUCUCUCCAUGCAAAAGGAAAAGGAAGCAAUCACCGCCAAUAAGGAGGGCACUAAUAAGAAGGACAUAGGAAUAAUGGAAUGUUGCCAUGGAAAAGAGGAAACCCUACCACCUGGGUUUCGAUUUCAUCCAACCGACGAAGAACUCAUUACUUGCUAUCUCAUAAACAAGAUCUCGGAUUCAAACUUUUCAGGCAGGGCAAUAACUGAUGUUGAUCUCAAUAAAUGUGAGCCAUGGGAGCUUCCAGAAGUACCCAACUGGGGUGCGAACGAACCGAGCCACAAACACGGGGUAUUGGAAGACCACCGGAAAAGACAAAGAGAUCCUUAAUAGUGUUACAUCGGAGCUAGUUGGGAUGAAGAAAACUUUGGUUUUCUACAAAGGAAGAGCCCCAAGGGGAGAGAAGAGUAAUUGGGUCAUGCAUGAAUAUCGCAUUCAUUCUAAAUCCACCUUUCGAACAACCAAGCAGGAUGAAUGGGUGGUUUGCCGUGUGUUCCAGAAGAGUGCCGGUGCAAAGAAGUACCCUUCUUCCAACCAUGCAAGUAGGGCAAUGAACCCUUUCAACCUUGAAAUAGGUCACCACAAUAUUGUGCCGCCGCCGCCAAUGAUGCAACUCGGAGACCCCGCCGCCGCUCAUUUCCUCUAUGGAAGGAACUAUAUGAAUACUGCAGAGUUAGCAGAAGUAGCUAGGGUUUUGCGUGUUGGUACUGGAUCAACCAGUACCAACCUACCCGGGAUGCAGCCUCAGAUAAAUUAUCCAGUGGCUGCAUCAUCCCCAGGAGUUGGAUUCACAAUUUCAGGGCUCAAUUUAAAUCUAGGAGGCGGAGGAGGCGGAACAGUAGUGGCCACAACACAACCAGUUUUGCGGCCCAUGCAGCCGACUCCUCCGUCCCAAACAUUGGGUAUGGUUCCUCAUCAUCAAGUUCAUCAUGAUGUGAGUUCCAACAUGAUUUCUGGUGCUGAGAAUGUGGGUUACGUCAAUGAAAUAAGCAACACAAAUGGUGGUCAUGGAAAUAGGUUUAUGGGCAUGGAUCAUUGCAUGGAUCUUGAUAAUUACUGGCCUUCCUACUAAAUAAAGGAGAGAGACCCUACUUCAUUUUGUUUAAUUAAUUAUUAUACAUAAUUUAGUGUUAUAAGCUAAGUUGGAUAAUUAAGCUACGUAAAACUUUUUUCUUUCUUCUUUUUUUUUUUUUAAUUAUCGUGUUUCUAAGUUUAAUGCAGGUAAAGAGACCUUGCAGUAUCAAAGUGAAUCUUGUUCUUAUUUGGAGUUACGAAACUUCUUUAAUGUUAUUGCUUUUAUCUAGUCAAUAAUGCUACGUAUAGCAAAAAAUUCAAUCA